UCCUUCAGUGAGGAAUUUUCUGAGUCAGAAGUAGGAAAGUUAGAGAAAAGGCGGUGUGUUAAUGGCGGGGCUGUGAGAUUAAAGGAAGAGCUGAAAACGGGCUUUCUGGACAGUCCUGGUACUUGGUAAUAUGGCAAAGGUCAAGCAGAAACUUUUAUUCAGGACAGAAAACGUGUCUGGAGGCAGAACAGAGGGCGAAUCUGGGAGUUUUGAACAAGGUGGAAGUGCAAAACGUCCUGGGAAGGUAAACAGAGUGACAGAGCGGCUCCAGGCCCGCAGGAAGUCUCUCAAUGACUCAUUAGAAGGAGACGUCAGAGCUUUUUUAGUAAACGAGGCUGAGCUCCACACCUACGAUGACCUGACCAAAGUCAAUCCUGUAACCCCAACCACAGUGCUAAAAUGCCUGCAGGCACGUUACAGUGCGCGAGUGUUUUAUACCCACGCCGGCUGCACGCUGGUGGCAAUGAACCCCUUCCAGCCCAUUCCUCACCUUUACUCUCUGGACGUGAUGCGCGAGUAUCACACAGCUUCCCAACCGCAGGACUUUAAGCCUCACAUCUUCAUUGUUGCCGAAGAAGCUUACAGGAACGUUCAGGGCCAAGUUGAACCCGUCAACCAAUCACUAGUGGUCUCAGGGGAGAGCGGAGCCGGGAAGACAUGGACUUCACGCUGCCUCAUGAAGUAUUACGCCACAGUGGCUGCCUCGUCUCAGAAGUGCCAGCACACGGUGGAGAGGAUAGAGAGACGAGUGCUGGACUCGAACCCCAUCAUGGAAGCCUUUGGCAAUGCUUGCACUUUACGCAACAACAACAGCAGCCGCUUCGGAAAGUACAUCCAGCUCCAGCUGAACAGUUCUCAGUUGCUGGUAGGAGCCUCGGUGCAAACUUAUCUCCUAGAGAAGACCAGGGUGGCAUUUCAAGCCCCGAACGAGAGAAAUUUCCACAUAUUUUACCAGAUGAUGAAGGGGGCCACAGAAGAACAGAGGCAGGAAUGGGAGAUGCCAUGUGACCAGAAGUUCACCUGGUUGCCAAAUGCAGAGAAAUCCUUAGAAGAGGAUUGCUUCCAGGAAACAGUUGAAGCCAUGGUCAACCUUGGUAUUGAUGCCCACAAGCGUGCACAGAUUUUCAGGAUCCUGGCAGGUCUUCUGCAGCUGGGGAAUGUGAACUUCAGUCCAGCUCCUGAGUCUGAGCCCUGUGGCCUCGAUCAACAGUCCAAAGGUUUCCUAGGGAAGACGGCGGCUCUGUUGCGUGUGCCGGCAGAUGAGCUGCGGGAGUGUGUGAGCAUCCGGACGCUGCGUGCGGGAAAACAGAGCGCUCUGCUCAAGCCCUGUUCACAGAGCGAGUGUGUUGUUCGCAGGGACUGUCUUGCUAAAGUCAUCUACGCACGACUGUUUGACUGGCUGGUCGGCUUCAUCAACAGCAGCAUGUGUGCGGACGACUCCAAGUGGUGCAACUUCAUUGGCCUUUUGGAUGUGUACGGCUUUGAGUGUUUCCUGCUAAACAACCUGGAGCAGCUAUGUAUUAACUAUGCCAAUGAGAAGCUGCAGCAGCACUUUGUAGCUCACUAUCUAAAGGCCCAGCAGGAGGAAUACGUGUCCGAGGGUCUGCAGUGGUCUUUCGUCCGCUACCAAGACAACCAGAGAUGCCUGGAUCUGAUCGAGGGAAAUCCCACCAGCAUCUUCUCCCUUCUUAAUGAGGAGUGCCGUCUGAACAGGGCCUCCGACGCAAAGCAGUUCCGGGAGCGUCUACAGAAGGAGCUCUCUGACAACGGCAGUAUGAGCUGGGACAAGUUUAGCAAGCAACCACAUUUCAUUGUGGCUCACUACGCAGGCAAAGUUAGCUACCAGAUCGAGGGCAUGAUGGAGAAGAAUAAGGAUCCAGUUCCCCCUGAACUCCUCAGCUUGCUGCAAAAGUCAGAGGAUCCUCUGCUGCAGAGUCUCUUUGCAGACACAGAAACCGAAGGAAAGCCUCACGGCCACAGCAAAGUCGUCACUGUCGUCUCUAAAUUCAAGAACUCCUUGGAGAAUUUGAUGAAGAUUCUGCACAGCACCACUCCUCAUUACACACGCUGCAUUAAACCCAAUCCCGACUGCAAGCCGCUUACCUUCCAGAAGGAAGAGGUCAUCACCCAGCUGGAGGCAUGUGGUAUAGUGGAGACCAUUCACAUCAGCGCUGCAGGUUUCCCUAUCAGGGUUCCCUAUGACAACUUUAUCCAGCGUUACAGGCUGAUCUCCAACACCAGACUCCUGGCUCAAGGAGCUGAAAACGAGGCUCAGAUCGCUCUAGGCCCCGCCGUACAGGACAUUCUGAAUGCAGUCCUGAGGACCAAGUCUUCUGCCCCCAACAACAACAACAACGUGAUGGUGCAUUGUGGGAAGACCAAAGUGUUCCUGACGCAUGCCAUGUUGGAGCUAUUGGAGGAGCAGAGGUACAGAGUGCUCUCUCAGAAGGCCUUCUCCAUCCAGUGUUGCUGGCGCAGACACCAGCGCCGCCAGCGAGCCAUCAGGACAAAGUGUGCCACAUUCAUACAAGCAGUGGUGCGGGGCUGGCUGGUUAGGAGAGAGGUGAGGAGAUGGCGUAAAGCUGCUACAGUCAUCCAGAAUAAAUGGAGAUCUUGGAGGGCUUUGAUGGACUCCCUGGCGGAGGCGGAGUUGGACAACGCUGAAGACCUGCAGGAGGAGGAAGAGGCACGCUCCUUCCUGUUUCAGAGAGGUUCUGUACCGCUCUCCAGUUUCCCCAAUCCUCAAGCAGUCAGCAGCUUGCCUCUGGGCCUGGCUAUGUCCUUCACCCCCAGUGUCACCGUGACUCUGACCACUACAGGUUUCCACAAGAUCAUGUCCAUCAUGGCCACGCUAAAGAUCCCUUUCAGGAACGGAGAGUACAAAGUGGAGACCAACCAGUUCAAACACGGCGUGGCCUCCAUCCGGGCACAGCCACAGGGCUCUGUGAAGCUCCACAUGCAGAGAUCUCCUCUCCGCUACGCCGACAUGUACCCAGGAUCCCACACUGACCAAGUGACCGGGUUUAAUCAGAUUCUGCUGGAAAAUUCAUGAACGUGUGCAUUUGCUACUCUGUACAGUCCCUCCAGGAUUUUUUGUGAUUGUUACCGAAAUUUGUUUUGCAAUUUUGUACUUCUACUUCUCGAAUUAAGAGAAAUUGCAAGCACGUGAUUCUUCUAAACUCCUACGAGUAAAGAGACAUAAGUAGCUGCUUUCUCUGAUGGCCGUUUUGACGUAUUUAAAUAGAAAAGCUUUGGCUGAACGUACAUCUUGGCCUAAAUUUGCGGAAAAUCUGGGGUAAUUUGGGAAAAAUUGCAAGCUUCUCUGAAUGUUGCUUGAUUUUUGCGCUCAAAUCGUGAAAUCCUGGAGGGACUGUCUCUUCUCUCAUCAACCAAAGUAAGCGAAACCCGAACCGAUGCACCUUCUUAAUGCACAAAAAGGAAUGAAUCUACUUCAGGUCUAUGUUUUGCUGUGUAUAUAUUCUGUCUGUUAUCAUGUACGUGCCUUUUGUAAAUGACUAUUUUAUACGUAUUUAUUCUGACAUUACGCUUCCGGCAUGAGGAAUCCGAUUUUAUAAUCAAAAGUCUGUAAUAUUUAUUUGAUUAGAGAUUAUUCUGAAAGGUAAUAGUGCACAGGGAAACACUAAAGACAUGUUUGCACUGGAGAUAUAAGUGUAUUUCAGAAUUGCGGGGGGAAAAACACUACCUGAGUCCAACAUUAGAUGUAAAGCAUAUCAGGAAUCAAACAUGAUCUUGAUUAAUCAGGUAUUCCUUUAAUUGAUUUAAUUUCAUUCGACACAUGACCAAACCAGACGUCUUUUCAGGAAUGAUUAAAAUCUUGGAAAAACAUGAUAUUAACUGGAACGUUUCUGUACGGUUUAGUACUGUGUACUUGAUGUACAUUUCUGCUUUAUUCAAGGCUUAUUGCACAGACCAAUAAAAACACUACUUUUAUAUAGAGAA